AUGUCUGCAGCGUACAUCCCAGCACGCAUGGACCAUGCGAUAUCCUCUCAGCCUCGCAAGGUCCUAAAAGCUCCUAAUCGCCCAAUCGCGAUCCGGGAACAUUAUAUCACCAACUCGAAGACACUCCUGACUCUCAGACCCCAGGGCGACGCCCAGUCCGGGGCUGCUUACAAAGUACAGGACGAAAACGGGGUUACACGAUUCACUGCCAGUGGUCGGAAAUACAACGGUCGCUCAUGUCGAGAAUUUCGUGAUGCUUCAGGUCUACCCUUGUUCGACCUUCACAGGAAGAUCUCAUUUCGAAAUGUUUGGUGUAUCACACUGCCGGAGAGCCCAACUGCUGAUAGUAUAGCCACUGGCGCACCGCGACUGGCUCCGUUCGGGAGCUUCCUGUUCACGUUUACUAAUGUAGCUGCGACUGAUUUGAAAGUUCCAGUGCAUGAUAAAGAGGUCACGCUGGAGAUAGAAAGACAUGGACGUGUAUUGGAGUCCUUUGAUGUCGUGGAUGGAGAUAGGAAGUUCGCUGAAGUAUAUGCGAGAGUGUACAUCGUAACCAGAAACCUGCCUUGA